CUGCAAACACACACCUUCUCAGUGCGACCCCCCUUAGUACCACACUGGAUAUAACAGUUGAGCAACACCCCUAUUUAGAUUCCAAAUUCCACUCCGAUCAAAACCCAUCUUCCCUCUCUCUCUCUCUCUCACACACACACACACACACACACACACACACACAGAUCUCUGUCACUUCUCUUCACAUACCCAUUUCAUAUAUGCCCAGAUUUUGUUUCUUUAUUCUAUAGUUGAGCUAUAUAUAGCUCAAUCUUACACUCCACCGUCGGUACCUCUGUGCUUAAUUUUCCUUCACAAGAUCCAAACUCUUCAACAGCUUAGGGUUUAGACUUCAGAUAUUACCCAUGUGUAACGCUUAUGUGUAAUCACUGAAACAUGAAUCAGAAUCGAACCCGUCUUAUUUCUUCAAAAUUUCUACACAUCAUUUCCCACAAACUAUAGCCAAAAAGUUCAAUCUCUCACCUUCCCACCACUCAUAUCUCCCAUGAAGCGCUCUUUGCGGCCACUAUUCAGCUUAUUGCUGUUCAUUGUCGUCGCCGCCACUCUCACCUGUAGAGUCAUGCUCCGCCGUGACUCAUUUCAGCUCGAAAACGACAAACCAUUGGUCCAAAAGCCCACAAAAUCAGUACUCAACGCGACCCUUCUCAAGUUCGCCGCCAUUGACAUGGGGGAACCCCAGUUGAAGAAAGAAAUGGAACUCUUAUUGGAAGGUAGGUUCGAAAAAAAUGGCCGCCAGAGGUCAUUCUUGUCCUCUGAUAGAUAUCCUAUUGAUAUUCGGGCUAGAUCAGCUAGAGGCAUGCCGGUACAGCUCCAGUCACCGCAGUUUUACAGACUAUGGUUGGAUUUUAGGAGGUAUUUACAAGAUUGGUCAAGAAAUAGAAGGUUUCAAUCUGAUAUUAUGUUGGAUUUGCCUAAUUUAGUGAAGGGUCCAAUUGAUAAUUUCAGUGGAGCAAAGGGUGUUGGGGGAAAAUAUAGGACUUGUGCUGUUGUGGGAAAUAGUGGGAUUUUGUUGAAGACUGAGAAUGGGGAGUUAAUUGAUAGCCAUGAUGUGGUGAUUAGGCUAAACAAUGCCAGGAUAGGGAGUUUCGAGCGCAAUGUGGGUUCAAAAACUAGUAUUUCGUUUGUUAAUAGUAAUAUUUUGCAUUUCUGUGCUCGAAGGGGAGGUUGCUUUUGCCAUCCAUACGGGGCAGAUGUACCAAUUGUUAUGUAUAUAUGUCAACCAAAGCAUUUCUUGGAUUAUACUUUGUGUAAUUCUUCACAUAGAGCACCUUUGGUUGUCACUGAUCCACGGUUUGAUGUGUUGUGUUCGAGGAUUACGAAGUAUUAUUCAUUGAAACGGUUUGUGGAGGUGACAGGGAAGGAUAUUGAAGGGUGGCCAUCUGCCCAUGAUGGGCUGAAUUUCCAUUACUCUUCAGGUAUGCAGGCUGUUAUGCUUGCUGUGGGGAUUUGUGAGAAAGUAAGUAUUUUUGGGUUUGGGAAGUCAGAUUUGGCUAAGCAUCAUUACCAUACUAAUCAGAAAGGUGAGCUAAUGUUACAUGAUUAUGAGGCGGAGUACGAUUUUUAUCAUGAUUUGGUGGAGACACCACAGGUAAUACCAUUUAUCUCCGGCAAGUUCAAGUUUCCUCCUGUUGUUAUGUAUCAAUGAAGUGCUCUGCUUUUGUGGAAUUAGUUGAGUGUUUUGUUGAACUCAUGUUGUAACGGUUGUGUCCCAAGGACAAACAGAGAAACAACAGAUGCUGAAGAAUUCUGUUUCUUAUUCAAACACUCUUCUAUCCGAGAUAUUAAAUGUAAAUUUGAUUUUGAGGAAUGAAUUUUUGUACGAUUUGUUGUGAUUCGG